GUGGCUAUUGCUUUGGAGACUGCUGCACUGUCAGAUGAGUAUUUUGUUAAGAGGAAAUUGUAUCCAAAUGUUGAUUUCUACUCUGGGUUAAUUUAUAGGGCAAUGGGCUUCCCAACGGAGUUCUUUCCUGUUUUGUUCGCAAUUCCUCGGAUGGCUGGCUACUUAUCACACUGGCGAGAGUCCCUGGAUGAUCCUGAUACGAAAAUAAUGAGGCCAGCUCAGGUCUACACUGGCGUGUGGUUGAGGCAUUAUAUGCCACUCAGUGAACGGAUGGUAUCGCCUCAGCAGCAGAGAACUUGGUCAGGUGUCCGUUUCAAAUGCCACCAGGCGGCGUCUGGCUGGAUCCGGAGCCUAGGAUUGAAGAUAAUCUACAUCAAAUUUUACAUUGGUUGGAAAAAUAAUAAACAGGCUUCUUUAAGUGUUUGGCAUGGUGUAUCAUUACUUUCCUUCCGAAGACAUCACUGGUUUUGGUCAUGUGAUGCACUCUCCAUGAAUAAGAACAGUAAAACAGUCAACCGAUGA